AUUAAUUCCAUUCCAAAACCUGUGAAGUAAUAAAAAAAAUAAAAGAAAAAAAAGAAUGGCUCUAGAGACAGUUAUUUUCCAGCAAGACCCGUUUGCCUACUGCUACAGGGAUUACGGCAGUUAUGGAGAAUUACAGGCUCCUCAAGAACCGGUAUUAUUAAUGGAAGGCAAUAUUGGGAAUGAAGAUGUGGUAAACGUUAACUUGCGCACGAGGAACAAGAGGCGGAGGUCAAAGACGAAGGUGAUGAAGAACAGAGAAGAAAUGGAGAACCAAAGGAUGACACACAUAGCUGUCGAGAGGAAUCGAAGGAGGCAGAUGAAUGACUAUCUCGCCAUCCUUCGAUCCCUUAUGCCCCCUUCUUAUGCUCAAAGGGGAGAUCAAGCAUCAAUCGUUGGGGGCGCCAUAAAUUUCGUGAAGGAACUCGAGCAACUUCUUCAAUUUCUGGAAGCCAAUAAUCCGGCAAACCAACACUCCAACACAUUCUCCGACUUUUUCACCUUCCCACAAUACUCCCAAUCUCCGGACACCGCUGGUGAGCGGCGGCUGGGAAUUGCGGACAUCGAGGUGGCCAUGGCCGAAAGUCAUGCAAACAUCAAGAUAUUGACCAAAAAACGGCCCAAACAGCUCCUCAAGCUGGUGGCCCGCUUCAAGUCCAUUGGGCUCACGGUUCUCCACCUUAACAUCACCACUCUUGACCAGUCCAUAUUCUACUCCUUCACCGUCAAGAUUGAGGAUGAAUGCGAGAUGACUACAGUGAAUGAGAUAGCCACAAGUGUGCAUGACACAGUGCUAAUGAUCGAAGGCCAGUGCGUGGUGUAGCUACGCCAGCCCCACCCCCCGUGGGAGUCAUCCUGGCAAAAAUUAUACGGGGACAUUUUUGGGUCUCAAUCAUUUGGUCCUCUCUAUGCAUAAUUUUUAUUCUCCAUUAGAAAAAGACACAACUUGUCACUCGAACUAGUAUAUGUUAUUUUAUGUAGGUCUAUGAGCAUUCUGUACCAUAUAUAUAAUCUGUUUUUAAUCAGGAGCCAUUAGUUUAAAGUCCCGCUUGGGUUUGUUUUUAUAUUAGGUAGAAAUAUUCAAUGCCCUACGUCAUGUGUGUAUUAAAUUAUUGAUGAAGGUAACGACAGUAGCAAUG